AUGGUUUCAACGCGUUCAGGCUCAACUAAAGUGCCUGAAGGAGUAGAGAGAGAUGAUAAUAGGAUCAUAGCCGUCGUGACAGGUGCUAACAGCGGAUUCGGUCUUGGUAUAUGCCAACAACUGCUAUCCAACCUUUCAUUACCCGUUGGUUCAUCGAUUCCAGCAUCAACUCCUCAGUCAACAGCUAUGCCACCUUCACUGCGAUCCUCAUUCAAGACUUCAUCGUCAAAGGAGAAGGCCAAAGCAAAAGAGGAAAUAGCAGAUCCGCCAGCUACCUUAACAUUAAUCUUAGCUUGUAGAUCACAAUCCAAAGCCGAAGAAGCGAAGCAGAUCUUAUUGACCAUACAUGAGAAAGAUCUGAAGAAUAGAAUAGAUCGUGGAGAGAAAGUAAGAACCGGCUGGAAAGAAGGUCUAAGGAUAGAAUGGCAAGGUUUAGAUCUAGAUAAUCCAGGUGGUGGAAAUGGUGUUUUAGGAUUUUGCGAAAGGUUGAAAGAAAAAUAUCCACAUGUGACAACGCUUUACCUAAAUGCAGGAAUGGGUGCGUUCACAGGACUCGAUUGGUGGAUGUUCUUCAAACAAACUAUGUUAGAAGGAAUGAUACGUGCCCAGAGUCUACCUAAAUACCAAAUGGAAGAAAAAGGGGCUAUGAGUUCUGAUGGUGAAAGGGGUCUAGUAUGGGGAACAAACGUUUUAGCUCCUUAUAUCAUUGUCAAGGAGCUGAUACCGUUACUGAAACGAUCACCUCCAUCAUUACCAUUCCAACCGAGAGUGAUAUACACCUCAUCGUUGACCUCACGAUAUUCCACGUUACAUUCAAGCCCGUUGAAUGACUACCAAUUGAUAGAUUACCCGAACUCUUAUUCCCCCAGCAAAUACAUGGGAGAUUUAGUCAUGACCGAAUUUGACCGUGCAUAUGGCACAACACCAACAUCGACGACGACAGCGAUAUUAUCGCCAAAGGUCACUGUCCAAGAAAAAGACAGACCCAUAAGAUUCUUCACGGUAGAUCCAGGAUGUGUUUGUACAAAUUUCUUUAGCUCAGGAAUGGGUGUGAUCAUGUGGUGGGCAAAUGUCAAAUUCUUCUUUUACUGGCUAUCAUUCUAUCUAUGUCGAUUGCUCGGAUCACCCCAUCAUCCAGUUUAUGCAGAUCAAGGUGCUUUACCUAUGAUUUACGCCGCGCUAAUAUCGGAUGAGUACAUCUUACCAGCGGAAAAGAACCCAGCUCAGAGAUUCGCGGUCAUGUCAUCUAGAUGGGGCAAGACUGCAGUAGGUUACGAAGAAGUGGAUAGGUGGGAACAAGGUGAAGAUAUAGGUAAAGGUGUGGUAGAGGCUUGUGAAGCUCAUAGGAAAGAAUGGAGAAGAAGAGGGGGAUUAGAAUGA